CACACACACACACACACACACACACACACACACACACACACACACACACAGUCGUGGGCGUCUCGCCCGUCUUCCUUUUGGAAUUAUUGGGAUGGUGAAGAAGAGGCAGCGAUAAGCGAGGGAUACAUCCAAAGGAAUGACACUUCGGCAGUCGGUUGCGUGAAGACCAAAGCGGUGGUGCGGGGCGACCAACGUAUCGAAAUGAUUCAAGACCGGGACCCGACGGACCCGAGUCCCCUCUGCUCCUCGUCUCGUUCUUCCAGAGCUCCGUCGUCCUUUUUGAUCGAAAACCUGCUUCGGUCCACGCUGACCAGCACGUGCAGAAGAGAUUCGGUGGAACAGGGCGCGGAGGAGAGCGCGAGUCUCUCCGUGGAGGUGCUAGGCCGCUCCGGGACGUCCCGAGGAGAGGCAGAAGAAGCUCAGGACAGCUCGAGCACUCCAUCGCGGUUUUACCGUCCCGGGAACUCGGUGGAGUCGAACUCUCCUCAGUCCACCAGCGACCGAGAGUUCCCGACUGGCACCGGGUUGGGCCAAGGAGACAGCUACCGGGAACACUCACGAGACGAGGAUGAGGAGGACAUACACGGAGGGGGAGGAGGAGGAGGAGGGGGAGGAGGAGGAGGAGCAGGAGGAGGAGGAGAAGGAGGAGGAGGUGAGAGUCCCACGGUGGAGGUCCAAGAUGCAGCCGAGGCGCGCGGUCACGCCUCGUCUCUCACCCGUCACGUGGUGGACGGUGAUGACGAUGAUGAUGACGAUGAGGACGACAACACGAACCCGAAGGCCGCGGAACGGAAGAAAAAGACGCGCACCGUCUUCAGCCGCACGCAAGUGUUCCAGCUGGAGUCCACCUUCGACCGGAAACGCUACCUGAGCAGUUCGGAGCGCGCGUCGCUCGCGGUGACGCUGCAGCUCACCGAGACGCAGGUUAAGAUCUGGUUCCAGAACCGCCGGAACAAGUGGAAGAGGCAGCUCGCGGCCGACAUGGAGGCGGGCGGCCACGCGGGAGAGAUCCCCGCCUUCUCCACCCAGAGGAUAGUGCGCGUGCCGAUUUUGUAUCACGAAAACUCAGCGGCGGGGACUCUGCCGCAGAUGAUGGCAUCUUCAUCACCGUCGUCUUUGGUUGGAUACUCGAACCCGUUCAGCCACCCCCUGACCUAUCACCUCGGUCACCCGCUGGCUUUUGUAACAUCACAAAUGACCGGUCGGGUGUGAGUGUACAGAGCUAAGGCCACACGCACUAACGCGGUACAUUUGGACGGGGGGACAUCUGUUCGAAAAGUGUCGUAUAGAGAUGGAGGUGCACAACUUUAUCAGGGGGCCCCGAGGGGCAAACCAAUAAAUGACAAGCAACGCAGACUACAGGGUUGCUCGUGGUAUAGUCUUUCAAUGAUUCAUCGUGACUCUGGACGUCUGCACUUGAUAAUAAUAUCUAGGCCUACACACGAUCAGUUAUCGUGUUUUUUAUUGUUUUAAGAGAAUGGUGUUUUAUUUCUAGCCGAUAUUUUUAGACUGAGCUUCACACAAUUCAUAUGCAAUUUGAUACACACGCCAGGGUGUCACCAUAACCUGUCAUUAAAGUCGUCUUCUCUAAUCACUGUGUCCUAUACUUUCUGGAAAAGGCAAUGUAUGCAGACACUUAAAUUCUUAGCCAAUAUCCGAAUGAAAAGUUAUAAACUCAUGUUCCA